AUGGCGGCGGGCGGCAGCGACCCGCGCACGGCCGACGUGGAGGAGGACGCGUCGCAGCUCGUCUUCCCCAAAGAGUUUGAAAGUGCGGAAACGCUCCUGAAUUCGGAGGUCCAUAUGCUUCUUGAGCACCGCAAGCAGCAGAACGAGAGCGCGGAAGAUGAGCAGGAGCUCUCCGAGGUGUUCAUGAAAACGCUCAACUACACGGCCCGCUUCAGCCGCUUCAAAAACCGCGAAACCAUCGCCAGCGUGCGCAGUUUGCUGCUCCAGAAAAAGCUCCAUAAAUUUGAACUGGCGUGUUUGGCUAACCUGUGUCCUGAGACAGCCGAAGAAGCCAARGCCUUGAUUCCUAGCCUGGAAGGCCGGUUUGAAGAUGAGGAGCUGCAGCAGAUUCUCGACGAUAUUCAGACGAAACGCAGCUUCCAGUAUUAGGCGUAGCGCUCAGCCCCUUCGGAUGAACCCAAAAAAGAGAGAGUGGCUCAUGUUUCUUGCACUCUGGACCAGUCCAGUAACUCCCAGGCUGCAGAGUUCUCUGGUUUGGUGUCAUUCAUACACAGCUGCAUUCAAGCUGGAAAUCAGCUUAGUCCUUUUGCUUUGUUACACAUAUAAUAUUGGUAAAGACUCCUGUACGGUGAGAACCAGUAAGCCUGAAAUGUCUUUUCUCACAGCCCCUGUAUUGGUUUCUUCCAUCUCCCUCUCCCUGAUUUGGGAAUCUUCAACAUCCUUCUGGUUUUAUGUGGAAUUGUAGCUGUGAAUUAUUUUUUGUUAACUACUGAGUUUUAGGGGGAGAAGCCUCUUAUGACGAACUGUUGGAAGGCUUAGUGGUGGGAGAUUCAGGAUUAAGAUUUAUGUUUUUUUCA